AUGGCUAGCUUGAUUGGGAGGUUACGUGCACGACCAGACAGUGGACCUGAUUAUACCGUAGAUGAUUCUGAUGAAGAAGAAUUUCUUCUAGGAAUGGAUCAGACCACUGGACAGCCUGAAGGAAUAGUCGGAGGCGAAGAGGUUAGUCCUCUUAGCCAGAUGGAACAUAUUUUGGACUGCAAAAUGCGUCCUACGGCAUCGAGUAACCAACCGGAUUCCGAUAACGUGGCACCAGAGCAAGUUGUUGUGAAACAAUAUCUUGUGAAGUGGAAGGGUUUAUCUUACCUGCAUUGCUCUUGGGUGCCAGAGAAGGUAUUUGAGAAGGCGUACAAGUCCAUUCGUCUGUUAAGAAAGAGGGUGACGAAAUUUCACGAAAAAAUGGAGAUCAUUCGUAACAACGGAGGCGAACAUGUUGCCAUUCGUCCUGAGUGGACAACGGUUAACCGGAUAAUUGAUUGCCGGGGAGUUGAUGGUGAUAAGGAAUAUCUUGUCAAGUACAAAGAGCUUCCGUAUGACGAAUGCUACUGGGAGUCGGAAUCAGAUAUCUCAACCUUCCAGAACCAAAUCAGAAGGUUCAAGGAAAUUAAUUCUGGCCUUCGAAGAGAAAAGUAUCGCCGGAAUGAGAGAAGUCGAGAAGAUUUUCAAUAUUUUGCUCAUGAUCCUGGAUUUCUCACAGGUUCCUUGCAUCCAUACCAGCUUGAAGGACUUAAUUUCUUGCGGUAUUCAUGGUCGAAGAGAACGCAUGUGAUCCUUGCUGAUGAGAUGGGCCUAGGCAAAACAAUUCAAAGCAUUGCCUUUUUAGCUUCUCUUUUAGAGGAAAACCUGGCUCCGUUUUUGGUAGUUGCUCCGCUCUCAACUCUGGCAAACUGGGAAAGAGAAUUUGCCACUUGGGCUCCACAUAUGAAUGUGGUUAUGUAUGGUGGUAAUUCCCAAGCUCGUAGUGUUAUCAGAGAACAUGAGUUUUAUCUCCCAAAAGAUCAUCUAUCGAUCAGUGGUGGAAGCAAGCGGGACAGAAUUAAGUUUGAUGUCCUCCUCACAUCGUAUGAGAUGAUUAACGCAGACACAGAUCAUCUGAAACCAAUCAAGUGGACGUGCAUGAUCGUUGAUGAAGGCCAUCGGUUGAAGAAUAAGGAUUCAAAGCUGUUCUCUUCAUUGAAGCAGUUUAAGAGUAAGCAGCGCAUUCUUUUGACGGGAACACCACUUCAGAACAAGAUGGAUGAACUUUUCGUGCUCAUGAACUUUCUUGAUCCGGAGAAGUUUGAAAGUUUGGAGAACUUCCAAAAGGAGUUCCAUGAAAUCAACAAAGAGGAGCAGAUUUCAAGACUCCACCGUAUGCUGGCUCCGCAUCUACUCAGAAGGAGAAAGAAAGAAGUGUUGAAGGAUCUGCCUCCUAAGAAGGAGCUCAUUUUGCGGGUUGAUCUGAGCUCCCAGCAAAGAGAACUUUACAAAGAUAUUCUUACCCGAAAUUAUGAAAACCUGGCUAAGAAAUUUGCUCCUAGAAGAUCUAACGUGCUAAUGGAGUUACGCAAAGUUUGCUUACAUCCGUACAUGGUUGCUCUGCCAGAUAUCCAAGUCGACGUUAAUGAAGCUUACAAAAAACUCAUGGAAUCUUCUGGAAAGUUGCAACUCUUGGACAAAAUGAUGGUCAAACUGAACGAGCAAGGACACAGAGUUCUAAUAUACACACAGUUUCAGCACAUGCUCGACUUGCUUGAAGACUACUGUUGUUAUAAGAAAUGGAUUUAUGAACGCAUCGACGGAAAGGUCGGUGGAGCUGAGAGGCAAAGGAGGAUAGAUCGGUUUAAUGCAGUUUACUCUCACCGGUUUUGUUUUUUGCUCUCUACAAGAGCUGGGGGCUUAGGAAUUAAUCUGGCUACCGCGGAUACAGUUAUCAUAUAUGACAGCGAUUGGAAUCCUCAUUCGGAUCUCCAGGCUAUGGCUAGGGCUCAUCGUCUCGGGCAGAAAAACAAGGUAAUGGUUUACAGGCUCAUAAACCGAGAUACCGUUGAAGAAGCAAUGAUGCAGAUGGCGAAGAAGAAAAUGCUUCUAGAGCAUCUUGUUGUGGGGAAUCUAAAGGCAAAAGACCUUACUCAGGAUGAGUUAGAUGAUAUCAUCAAGUUUGGUUCUAAGGAGCUUUUCUCCGAAGAGAAUGGUGAAGCGGCGAAGUCUGGAAAAAUUAAUUAUGAUGAUGCUGCUAUUGAAAAGUUGCUUGACCGUGAUCACGUAGAUGCUGAGGAGGUCACAGUUGAUGAUGAAGAGGAAAAUGACUUUUUCAAGGCUUUCAAGGUGGCAAAUAUUGAGUGUAUAGAGGAAAAUAAUGAGGCUGCAGAGAAGAAGGCACAAGAAACAGCAAACUACUGUGUAGAAGUCGGUCCUGAAAGAGUAAAAUACUGGGAAGAGUUGUUAAAAGACAAACAUCAACAGCACCAAGCUAAAGAGCUUAUUGCUCUUGGAAAGAGGAAAAGAAGCUGUAAGCAGAUACUUAAAGAAGACGAUAUUGAUCUUUCUGAUUUAAAAGUGAGCUCCGAUGAUGAUGAUUAUGACGAUGAAACAGCUGGACAGGGAAGUCAGAUGCGCAGAAAGCCUUACAAAAGAAGGGUUCGCGGUAGUAAUCUCUUGAUAGGUAACUCGGAGCCAAUACCUUUGACAGAAGCAGGUAAACGGGAACCUCUCAUUGUGCGGGGUCUUAACAAGGGUCAAAGGAAAACUUUUCUACAGACGUUCAUGAGGUACGGAGUUAGCAACUAUGAUUGGAAGAAGUACGUUCAACACUUUAAGACGACCACAUAUGACCAAAUAAAAGAAUAUGGAACUCUUUUCUUGAAGCACAUUUCCGAAGAUACUACUGACGAUAACAUUUCUCCAGCUUUUUCAGAUGGACUUUACAAAGAAGGACUAAAAAAGGACGAUGUACUUCUCAGAGUUGCUCUUCUCAUGGAAGUAGAAGCGAAGGUGAAACGUGCGGAAGAGGAACCCACAAAACCUAUUUUCCCUGACCGAAUCAAGCAAAGAUUCCCUGGAUUAACAAGUGGAACAUAUUGGAAGGAGGAACAUGAAAAGCUACUGUUACGUGGUGUUUACAAGCAUGGGUUUGGAAAAUGGCAAGCCAUUGUUGAGGACCAAGAGAUUGGGAUCCUAGAGCACAUCUGCAAAGAAAUGAACAUCACUAACAUAACGUCGACUACUACUCAGACCAGAGACACGAUGAGAAGACUCAGCGAUUUCUUAAGAAAAAGGUUUCGGCUUCUGGAGGAUGCCAUAAACUACGAAAGUGCUGAAGACUACUCCCAUGGACAAAAUGGUUCUGCCAUGCGUGCUGAACAAGCGAUAACUGGAAAACAAGUGAUGAAUGCAGUGGGAGCGAGCGUUGUAGAGGCUGCCAAAGAACAACUUCCUAAGACUGACCGCAUCAUAAGUCCUAAUCUUGCAUCUUCAGAAGAAAUUUGUGCAGCUGCUGUUGACAAGAGGCUAGAGAGGAUUGAAGUUGCUCAACCUUACAAUCAGGUGGGCGAGAGCUCAAAAGAGAAAGCUGCUGCGCAAGAUGUGCAUAUGGAAGACGCGGAAAUUGAAGUCAUUGUGUUGGAUGAUUGA